AUGUCUUCCACUCCCCAUUCCUCCCAAUGUUCAUCACCAGCAUUUCCAGAUUCCCCUGAGCCAGUCUCAGUCCCCGCCACACCCUUAUCUUCUACCUUUAGCACCCAGACCUCUUCCUAUGGCACUCCACUCUCACCAUUGUCCAACCUUCAGUACGACUAUCCUUCCCCAUCUCUUCCAUAUACAUCGUCAUCACCAGCGGAGAAACUCGCUGCCUGCCCAGCCGCGAGUGCCGCAGCCACAAGGAUUGUUGCUGCUGCUGCCCAAAUUACAAGCAUCGUACAGAAGCCGUUUCUGUUCAUGUCCGACGCAAGCAUGGUGUACACCCUUCCAGCAUGCUUGCGUCUUAUCGAACAUCUACACGUCGUCGAAAUUCUUCGCGAUGCAGAGGACGAACGCCAACGUCUCCUUUUUGAACUCCGUAUUAUUGCGGAGCUCCACAAAUCGGCUAACAGCUCCUCGGCCUUAGCCCAUCCCCUCCGUUUGCUUUCGACGCAUCACAUUCUACGUGAAACGGCUCCAGACACCUUCGCACUAACGCGCGUCGCAAGCCUGCUCGACAGCGGUAAGAGUGUGGCGGAUGUCUUUGCAAAUCCCGAGAAAAAAUACGAAGACACUACUGGCAUCGCCGCUUUCGUCGGAAUGUGCACUGAUGAGCUGUUCAAGUCAGCUGCCUACCUUACGGAGGCGUUUACAGGUGUUCAACUUCCUUUAGCCCCUCCAGGAAGCCCCCUUCCAGCAUUUAAUCUCGCAUUCAACACGCCUGUGCCAUUUUUCGAGUGUGGUCGUGAACCGGGUAAGUCUUUCCGCCUUGAGCGGUUCUCGCAGGCGAUGAUUGGUACGAGUGGGUGGGAGGCACCUGGAGCUAUUCUGACUGCUUUCGACUGGCUUUCCCUCCCACGAGGUUCGACGAUAGUAGACGUCGGAGGAGGAAUCGGGAGCACGACCAUGAUCCUUGCGCGGGCGUUUGGAGGGAGCCUAAAACCGCGGGGAAGCUUCUGCUUCAUUGUCCAAGACCGUCCAGUUGUCAUCGGACUCGGACUCGAUGCAUGGCGUGCGCAGUGUCCAGAAAUGCUGGAGAGUGGACAGGUGACAUUUUAUGUCUACAUACUCCGUGUUGUCCUGCAUGACUGGCCUGACGCCCGUGCACGCCAUGUGCUGCUCAACCUGCGGCUUGCAAGCAGUCCAGAGACGAGGCUUAUCAUUGCGGAUCAUGUCCUCCCAUUAGCAUGCUGGACGCUCGAUUCUGUUCUAGCGCACCUCGAGGGUGCGCAUGGCACUCUAGCACCCGCGCCCCUGCUUCCCAACUUGGGAAAAGCAAGUGCAACCCCCUUUUCCAUGGACAUCGUGAUGCACAUAACUUUCAAUGGCAAGGAGCGCACGCUACGGGAGCUUUGUGCAUUGGCUCUGUCAUCUGGCUGGCGUAUUGCACGUGUGACAUACUCAAAAGGUUCCCAUUUCGGGCAUCUUGUUUGCGAGCCUGUA